CAAACCUAACUCUUAAACGAACAUCUCGCGAGAGCUAGCCGUAACUUUACCCUCUCUAACGAGAAACGCCACUCUCGGCCUGACCCGGAAGUGCUGCUGUUAUUUCUUGACACGUAGUGAGCGGUGUUGGCUGAGUCUCGGGUGUUUACCAGCGCUGCUUGCCAUGUCAGGGUUUGACAAUUUCAACGCAGACUUUUACAAGUCUAGUUACAGUGUAGAUGACCAAAGUCAAGGAGGUUAUGGCUAUCCUAACCCAGAAGACCCAUACGGCAGGCCGUAUGGUCAGUCGGAUUACUCGCAGCCGAUGGGCUACUCGGCGGCUCCAGGAAUGAUGCAGCCCCAGCAGCCGUACAUGGGUCAGAUCUACCAGCCCACCCCAGCAUUCACACCCACCUCCUCACAGUCCAUGUACAGCAGCGGUUUUGAGGAUGAGCCCCCUUUACUGGAGGAGCUGGGAAUCAACUUCGAUCACAUCUGGCAGAAGACACUGACCGUCCUGCACCCAUUGAAAGCAGCAGAUGGCAGUAUAAUGAAUGAAACAGACCUGGCUGGUCCCAUGGUCUUCUGUCUGGCUUUUGGAGCAACACUGCUUUUGACGGGUAAGAUCCAGUUCGGGUAUGUGUAUGGCAUCAGUGCCAUCGGGUGUCUUGCCAUGUACUGCCUGCUCAACCUCAUGAGUAUGACGGGUGUCUCAUUCGGGUGUGUGGCGAGUGUUCUCGGUUACUGCCUGCUGCCAAUGAUCAUCCUGUCCAGUUUUGGGGUCAUCUUGUCUUUACAGGGUAUGAUGGGUAUUAUCUUAACGGCUGCCAUCAUUGGCUGGUGCAGUUUUUCGGCCUCUAAGAUCUUCAUCUCUGCUUUAGCCAUGGACGGACAGCAGCUCUUGGUUGCGUACCCCUGCGCCCUGCUCUACGGGGUCUUCGCUCUCAUCUCUGUGUUUUGAACUCUGGAACUCUAUUAAGGGACAAAUUGACCACCUAUAUACAACACACACACAAACAACCGCUUAUUCAAGAACUGCUUUUGUUAAACACCCACCACACACCUCUGAAUAAGUGCGCUCUUUAAGAUCUGAGAGCGUGUUGCUUUCAUUAUUAUUUCUCCUCCUGUUUUUUUCUCUCUCCUACUCUGAGAACUAUUGUUGUAUAAUUCAGGUUAACACUCAGCUUUUGAUGUGGGUUUAUGUGCUUUCUGUAUUCUGUUGGUCUCAGCUUUGACAAAGCCAGAAAACCUUAAAUGAAGCCUGCAUGUGUCAAAAGAAAAGUGUGUGUAAUCGAUGUGAAGGGCACAGCUCUCCUCCUACACAACAAGAUCAAUGCGGAUAUCUCACUCCAGUACAUAUUUUGCUAGAUAAACUAGCAAUAGUUUUAUUCUUCACAUUCCUGAAUAGUUGUUUAUUAUUUGCCCUGUCUUGGGUCACUAAAGAGUGCCUACAUGGUAAAGAUUUUGCAUCUUGUCGCAUUUUCUUUCCUCAUGUGCAUUUUGAUGAUACACUUGAUGAUAACAAUGCUAUUGAACUGUAGUUUUGAAUGGCAGAUUUAUUUCAAAAUACACCACCACGGGUAUCAUCUCAUACCUACAGGUUCUUCUUCUGUACCUAUCCUGGCUGAAUGUUUCUCAGUGUUUAGUUUCUUCACAUGCACUUGUUUAUCUUUGGCAUGUUAGAGGUAAAGGCAAAGUCUCAGACAGUCCACUAUACGGUAUUUAUAUGGCAUAAAACUGGUUUUGUAUAUCCAUAAGAGUACAAAUGUUUAUAGUAACUUUAUAUUAAGUCUUGUGGAAAAUCUGUGACCAACUGGUGGAGUGUUGCAGUCGUGCUGUUUCACAGGCCGUCUUAAUGAAAUAAAAAAUGCAUUUUGUUUGAAUAUAAGAAUGCAAUGUCCUUAACCGUUCUAGUUGACAUGAAAUUUAAUUAGACCCUGUUUAUCUCAUACACAUCACUGGUAUUAUUGCAUGCAUGAUUCAUCAGUUCAUUAUUAAAAGUUUUCCAUUAGCUUUUAUGAAAA